CCUCUGUCACCAUAGCGUCCCCAGGAUGCCCCAGCUGGCCGCCUGCUUGUCCCAGAGCAGGACCUCAGGCUGAAAAACCAAGCAGGGACCAGGCUGCCUGGCAGGGGAGAGGGAAGGUCAUCGCCUCCAACCAACAGUCCCAAUCAAGCUCUGCCAGCUUCUGUGUCAUCUCCAGCUUCUGUCAUCUGCUCCUCGCUAGAUCAGUGGCCUCUUGCAGAAGUCCUGGAAGAAACCUUUCCACAGUCUGCCUCAGCUUACUAGAGGAAGGCCAUGUCUGCUUUCGACCUGACAAACCAGAGCAUGCAGUGUACAAGGCCCGAGACUGAUUAUGCCAUCCCGAGGAUGAAGCUGAUGGAUGAGACGUUUGUCUUUAUCGAUGGUAAGUGGGUGAACGAGAUGUACUGCCAGCCACCUUUUGCUACCCAUCGGAAACUCUUUGGCAAGAAGGCACAGAAUGAGUGGAGCAUCUGGGAGGAGAACAGAGCACUCUGGGAGGAAAACCAAGUCCUCCGUAUUGAGAACAGGAUGCUCUGGGAAGAGAACCAGGCUCUGCAAUGUCUCCAGUCCCAGAACAAAACUGUCCAGGUUAUUUAUAAUGAUGCCAUCCAGCAAAGCCUCCAGAAGGAGAAGCUCUUCCCGUUCUUCCAGGACAGGGACUUAGGCUUCCAGGUUAGCCCGAGCAACAAAGCUCUCCAGUUGGUCAGGGAAAGGAACAGAGUCUUAGAGGUUUUCCCGCAGGAGAAUAAAACUCUUCCCAGCAUCUGGAAAGACCAAAAAGUCAUGGUGGUCCAUGAAGAGAGCAAAGAUGCCAGCUCAGCUCAGAAAGAAGCUGAAGCUUCCACAGGUGUAGAAGAAGGCAACCUUGGCCUGGCAUCUCAGCAGGAACAGGAAGCUAAAGCAGAGAGCAUCACUCCAUCCCAGAGCGAGAGCAAGGCUGCCCUGAGCACGCAGGAUGAUCGUGAGAUCCUCCAGGCUCUCCACGACCUAUACCAGAUCCUCCAGGUCUUCCUGAGAGAGAACCGCCUCCCUGGGGACAGAGAGAGACCUCAUCUUCUCCAUGACAAGGGGAGAUUCUACCAGGAAGAGUACAAGAAAUUGAAGCUCCAGCUGAACGCUGUGAAAAACACCGUGUCAGACAUUACGGCUCAAAUGGAAAUGCUGGAAAAAGAGCUCAUUGCCUUCACUUUUCCAAUGUACAAAGAAGCAGGACAGAACCUGGCAAAUAAGUGUCAGCUUGGAGACAUCUGAAGCCUGGUGACAAACCUGCUGGUUCGGUUUCCUGGAAAGGAUCUCUCCUCGUUUCAGGGAACUUAAUAAAAUCUCAGUAGAGACUGAAGGAAAAAG